AUGAAGCCUGUCGCCACAUCGUCCGACCAACUCACCUCGCAGACACGUCGUCUGUCGCUCUUGUCACCUCCUUCUGAUGAUCCUGGCUCCUUAGUCCCGGUCGAGGAUGGGAAACCCUUCAGCCCUGCGAUUCCUGUGGUCGCUGAUGCCCAACCCGCAGCCAUGUCGACGAUUCCCAGCCUCCUGCAAGAGGCAGCCUGCCCAGCCUCCUCGCAUAGCAAUGCUGGCCUUGUCACUCAGGCUGAGGGAAGUGAGGGUUGCAGUGGUAAUGUUCGGGCAGUCCUCGACCCCCCGUGCCUGGAGAGCAUGCCAAAUGAGGUACUUUUCCAAAUCAUGGGGUUUCUGGACGUGAGUGAUCUUCUAUCAGCGUCUAGGACAAACCAUCACCUGCGUGACAUAUCUCGGGCGCCUGUGCUGCAUCAUUACCGGCUUCGUCAAGUCCGUACAGAUCUUCCGGCUCUUCUCUGGUCACCCUCUCGCCCGUCCCUGGCUGACCUAAUUGCUCGCUCCAUCUUCAUGACACAGACCUCCAUUGUCUCGCGACGACUUGCCCGCUCCUUGGUCUCAAUUCGCCUGUCGCGACGCCUAGCAGCCAGGCCUUCUGCUGCUGCCUUGGUUGAGCGCUCUGUGUUGCCAAAGGAAUGCGUUCCUGGCAUGGUACCUGUGCACGUUGCGCCAGCGAUCGUAGCUAGGAAGAAGGCAAUUGAGAAGGAGAGGGUCAAAGAUGGGCUGCGGCAGUGGAUCGCUUCCAAGUGGAGGCGCGAAGUCAGGGUCCGUCAAGAGGGUGUCCGGAGAUGGGAGGAGAGUCGGGGGAUCGGGCGCGUGUGGCGAUUGCGCAGGUUCUGGGAGAGAAUCAGUCGCGGUGAGGGUCGAAAUAUUGCCCAGUAA